AUGUCAGUGAUCAAUAUGAUCGAAAUCGAGAAUGUAACGAAGAUUUACACGAUGGGCAGUGUCGAAGUGCCGGCACUUGCCGGAGUCAGUUUGUCCAUCGCACGGGGCGAGAUUGUCGCAAUUAUGGGCGCGUCCGGCUCCGGCAAGUCAACGCUAAUGAACAUUCUUGGCUGCCUCGACGUGCCGACAUCAGGCACCUACAUAUUGGACGGUGAGGACAUUGGCGCGACCUCGGACAGCCGCCUCGCCGAAAUACGCAACCGCAAGAUUGGCUUCGUAUUCCAGACAUACAAUCUGCUGCCUCGCAUAAGCGCGCUGAACAAUGUAGAGCUUGCGCUAAUGUACGGCAAUCACAGGAAUCGCCGCAGAACGGCGCAGGAAGCGUUGGAAAGGGUCGGGCUUGGCGAUCGCAUGAGCCACAAGCCCACCGAGCUUUCGGGCGGCCAGCAGCAGCGCGUAGGCAUCGCGCGGGCGCUCGUGAAGUCGCCCGACAUCCUGCUCGCGGACGAACCCACCGGCAACCUCGAUUCGCGCUCCGGUGAGGAAAUUAUGCAGAUACUCGAACAACUGCACAGCGAGGGUAUAAGCGUCAUCAUCGUAACGCACGAAGCUGACAUUGCCGCGCGCGCAGAACGCAUAAUCACUAUGCGCGACGGCUUGAUUGUAUCCGACAACGCCAGGCUGAUGACGAGCGAGAUGACGGUGCAGCGCCAAUGA